CACAGGCUAGAGGUCAAAGCUGUACCACUAUUUUUAAACUGGGAGCCAGAUUGCUGCAAUGAAACCUUACACUUUGUUAGGCUACUGUUAGAGCCGGUGUGAGUCCGUUUGUGUCCUUUAUGCUAUUAAUGUCGCUGCAUAAUCAUUUUAGUUCAACGGGCAGAUUACUGUGGGGGGCUUGUGUACUAUGUUUGUUAAAAACAUGCACUAAAACCCGCAUACGACAAACAUGUAGACAAAGUUAACGGGGCAUAGUUUGAAGAUCUGUGAAAAUGGCACCAUCUGCGUGUCCCACCGGGCAACGACAUGACAUGUCACACUACUCCUGUCAGGAUCUCAAGCUAAAGCUUAAAAAGUGUGUGUGUGUGUGUGUGUGUUGGGGGUGGGGUCAUGUAGCAACUAAGUCAGCAUUCCCAAAACAAAAUAAACAGCAAACAGGAAAAGACUCAAAUCUGUAUAUGCAGGUCAAUGAAACAAACGGUGUAGCACAUGUUUUAAAAACCCUCUGCAUAUUUGGGGUGGGGGGUUGGUGUGAGGAAACUUAAUAAUGUGAUGAGACCCUGUUGCAAGAGAGAGACUCACAGGAAGACAGACAUCUUGGGGUCUUCACGUCAUUAGGAAAGAAGUGCAGUACAGGACCAACAACUGCCACAGAAUAGGAUUGUGUUUGUAGACAUCAGGCGUUUGUUCUUUUCAUCAUCCAGUCUGAAAGGGAGAUGUUUUACCGUUUUGGGGUCACCACAUAGGAUUUUAUUCAUGAUGGAUCAGUCUCCAGAUGAACCAUUCUGGGCUUUUUGAUUUCCUUUAUGGAAUCUGAAUCGAAUAUUUUCCUGGAAUUACCGGUACACGGGCUCGCUUUUUGAUCAUUUCGAGGCACUGUCCCGUUAGCUUGAGUACUUUUUGAGCGUUGUGUUAUCGCACAGCCUACAGUUCAUUUGUGUCUUUCAGGAGUUUCUCUCGAAAUGCUGCCCUUGUUGCUAUUUUUGUUCCUAAUUUUUCCUGCCGCUCUUUUGGCGGCUACGCAAAGUGCCGGUGACCUGCAGAGCAUCACCUUCCCGAGUGGGGGCGUAGCUUUCAAUCCAGGAGACCCCUGCAUGGUGGUGUCUCCGCCAUGUUUGAGCGAUGCUGAUCGUUUCAGCCUGGAGGCCCUGCGGAGCAUCCAUCAGAUGAUGGACGAUGACAAGGAUGGAGGGAUUGAGGUGGAGGAAAGCGUGGAGUUCAUUAUUGAAGACAUGAAGCAGCAGCAGACCAACAAACAUAGCAACCUGCACAGAGAGGACCAGCACAUAACAGUGGAGGAGCUCUGGAAAGGCUGGAAGUCAUCUGAAGUCCAUAAUUGGACCCAAGACGAUGUCCUCCGCUGGCUCAGAGAGUUUGUCGAGUUGCCGCAGUAUGAGAGAAACUUUAAAGAUCUCAAAGUCAAUGGCAACACACUGCCAAGGAUUGCAGCCAAUGAACCGUCCUUCCUGAGCAGCCACCUGAGAGUUCAGGACCAGAGAGACAAACAGAAGCUCAACAUCAAAGCUCUUGACGUAGUGCUGUUUGGACCGCCAACACGCCCCCCUCACAAUUACAUGAAGGACCUGCUGCUAAUUGUAUCCGUGGUGAUGGGAGUUGGGGGAUGCUGGUUUGCUCAGGCCCAGAACAAAGCCAGCAAGAUCCACAUCACCAAGAUGAUGAAGGAUCUGGAGAGUCUGCAAAGGGCUGAACAAAGCCUCUUAGACCUGCAGGAACAAUUGGAGCGAGCCCAGGAGGAGAAACGCAAUGUGGCAGAGGAGAAACAAAACUUGGAGGAGAAGAUGAGGGAUGAGAUCAUGGGUGCACAGGAGGAGGCGCACCGCCUGCAGGAGCUGAGACAGGGAGCCGUCAGUGAGCUUAGCCGUCUCCGAUAUGCAGAGGAAGAACUUGUGCAGGUCCGCGGAGCACUAAAGCAGGCUGAGAAGGACAUGCAGGCCAGUUGGACUGCCUCAGACGCCCUCCAGCAGUGGCUGCAGUUGACACAUGAAGUAGAGGUCCAGUACUACAAUGUCAAGAAGCACAGUGCUGAAUUACAGCUUGCUACGGCCAAAGAAGAGGCAGAAAGAAUUAAGAAGAAGAGAAGCUCUGUGCUUGGGACUCUCCAUGUGGCCCACAGUUCUUCUUUAGACCAGGUAGACCACAAAAUCCUGGAGGCAAAGAAUGCUUUGUCAGAGGUAACAGCAUGUCUCCGGGAGCGGCUCCAUCGCUGGCAACAGAUUGAACGCAUCUGUGGCUUCCCUGUCAUCAGGAAUCCCGGCCUGACGAACCUCACUGCUCAGUUGUAUUCAGAUUCACUCACUCUGGGUUUGCCUCGAUUACCUCAGUCAUCUUGCUUGUGCCACAGCUCUGUUCAUGGGUCCAUCGAGGAUCUGUUGGAAGAGUCUCCCGCCCCAAUACUUUCACAAAUUCCAGGUGCUCCACUGAAGCGUUCACCUCGAACACGGGCUUCCACUAUACGCCGAACACGCCGUCACGGUAUUACACAACCACCAACCCCUAUGAUCUCAGCAGACCCCGACCUUCUCAUCCAGAUUCGAGCUCCUUACCCUUGUUUUGAUGAAGAUGACAGACUCUUCCGUAAAACGAUAAAGAAACAAGACUCCCAAGAAAGAUUCUCAGAUUCAGACUAUACCACUUCACCUCCUCAUAGCAAAACGUGCCCAUGCCCCUCUGCUGAGGUCUCCUCUCACAGGCUCUACCAUGAUGAAACAGAGCCGCUUGCAGACAGCUCUGUGGCAGCAAUGCCUUUGAAUAAGGAAGUGGAAGCUGGUGUUGAAUCUCCAAAUCGCAAAAUUUAUACAGAAGGACUUGAAAGUCUUGAAAGGAAGAUAGUGAAAGAAGUUCUGGACAGCUCUAUGGAAAAUUCUCUUCUGAUGAUGUCAAAAGAUGAGUCCGUAAUGGAGGCUCCACCAAGGAAGACGUCCAGAGAUAGGAGUGAAGUUCCAGAGGAUUUUGGCAUUCGAAACGUCUCAUCUACUGAAUUUGAUUCAGAAUAUCCAUCACGGAAAGUAGACCGAGAACCAAUAGAGGAAGUUCUAGACAAUCCUUCAAGGUGUGUACCCAGAGAUCGAGGUGAUUUACCACUGGAUGUCAGAAAGAUUCUUUGGGAUGAAGUAGAAGCAUCAGAUUUUAGACGUAAAAAGUUAUCAAAAGGUAUGAUGGGGGCUUCAAUAGACAGUGCCUCAAGAAAGACGGUACUAGAAGGUUCUGAGUUUCCGUUUGACUUACUAUCAAGAAGGAUUGCAAGAGAUUCAUUGGGAAUGUCUUUGGAUGGAGGAGUUAGGAAACUUGAUUCCUCUCUCUGGGGGAUAGCCAAAGAUAAGAUGGCUGAGGUAACGCACUCAAGAAAGAGCUCUCAAGAUGCGCUGGAUUGUUGUGCAGAUACUGCUUCAAUGAAGAUUCUACCCAGAGAGGAACCAGAACAAUUUAUGGCUCACACAUCUUCAGCAGAGUUGGGUUCAGAACCGUCAAUAAGUAAAAGGAUAUGUAAAGACGAACGCGAGGUUCCUCCUAGAAAGAGAACAACACAAAUGUCAAGAGAUGACGAGGUCACACAAGACACACCUACAGGAAGACUCUCCAGGGAUAGAGUUGAAUCACCUAUGGAAACACAGUGGCAACGAGUAGUGAAGGGGGAGUCAGAGGAAUCUGAUUCAAACUCAGUCCCAGGUGAAACUCAGCAGCCAGACCUUACAGUGACCUCCCACGUGCCAUUGAAGUCAUCGGUUGAUAUUUUUCCUGUCGGCCCACUGAGCCAACUCGUUUACGAUGGAAUCCUGGAGAAGUCCUGCAACGCCAUAGCAGCAACCCCAAUGAGCCUUUCUGCCUCGACUCCCAACCUACCCCAAUGCUUCCCCAGGCUUCUGGCAGAGUCUGAGUCACCACUGGCACCAGCAAGAGUUACCUUCCAAUCCCCUCCAUCCACCUCUUCUGAAGCUAAAGAUGACAGAAACAGAGAUAAAGAAAAGAGCAGGAAAUCCUUGAAGUUGAAAAAUCUUUUUAAAAAGAAAAAUGAGGCAAUUACAGAGAAGAUUCAAAGUGGUCUCCAGAAACUCUAACUAAUAAUUUAGUUUUGUGUUUUUCAUGUAAUAUUUUUUAGAGGUUAAAAUGAUAAAGGUAAAAAUGUAUUGACAUAGACCAUUGUAGAUUCAAUGAUGUUUAAAGAGAUACUGCGCUUCUGUUUUACACGUAUACUUUAAUAAUUAAAUUAAUUAAAAGCUCCUAUUUAGACAUUCAGAACAAGUACCAUAAUGACACACUUUUCUCAGA